AUGGCGCGGCGGUGGAGCGCUGUCCUGCUCUUGGUGCCGCUCCUGCUCGGCGCGGGGCUCGCGCACAGCUCCAGCCCUCUGCCCCUGGUGCUCAACACUUGGCCUUUUAAGAAUGCAACCGAAGCAGCAUGGAGGACGUUAACCUCUGGAGGCUCUGCCCUGGAUGCGGUUGAGCAGGGCUGCGCCGUGUGUGAGCGCGAGCAGUGUGACGGCACCGUGGGCUUUGGAGGGAGUCCCGAUGAGCUCGGAGAAACCACACUGGACGCCAUGAUCAUGGACGGCACGACUAUGAAUGUAGGAGCGGUAGGAGAUCUCAGGAGAAUUAAAAACGCGAUUGGUGUGGCUCGGAAAGUGCUGGAACAUACAGCACACACGCUGUUAGUGGGGGAGUCAGCCACCAAGUUUGCUGAAAGUAUGGGGUUUGUCAAUGAGGACUUAUCUACCACUACUUCUCGAGCCCUUCACUCAGACUGGCUUGCUCGAAAUUGCCAGCCAAACCACUGGAGGAAUGUUGUACCAGAUCCUUCAAAAUACUGUGGGCCUUACAAGCCACCUAGUAUCUUAAAGCAAGAAGGUCCUACCUGUAAAGAAACAGGAGAUAAUUACGGUCAUGAUACAAUUGGCAUGGUCGUAGUCCAUAAGAUGGGGCGUACUGCUGCUGGUACAUCUACAAACGGUAUAAAAUUCAAAAUACCUGGGUUAGUGUUUCCAAAAGAAGAGGUCUUACAAAUACACAUUGAGUAUAAAGCGGCACAUGCAGGGUGCUCAGGAGAGAUGCAAAACGUAGAGUUCAACCCCACCCGUACCGCCGGGACAAAGAAAUGUGGAGGAGAUUCGCCGGUCCCCGGAGCGGGUGCCUACGCGGAGGACAGCGCGGGGGCGGCUGCAGCCACAGGCGACGGCGACAUUCUGAUGCGCUUUCUUCCCAGCUACCAAGCUGUAGACUAUAUGAGAAGAGGAGAAGAUCCAACCAUAGCCUGCCAGAAAGUGAUUUCCAGAAUUCAGAAGUAUUUUCCAAACUUCUUUGGGGCCGUGAUAUGUGCCAAUGUGACUGGAAGUUAUGGUGCUGCUUGCAGUAAACUUCCCACGUUUACUCAGUUCAGUUUCAUGGUUUAUAAUUCUCUGAAAAACCAGCCAACUGAAGAAAAAGUAGACUGCAUCUAAUCCAUCUUUUCCGUCGGCGUCUCUAUUUAAAGAGGAAAGAAACAAAGGCUGAAAAGGUGACUCACUGUCCUCGGGUUCUAUGCCUCACGCAUCCUACCUUCCUUGUGUAAAAGAGGCACAACAAUAAAUGUGUGCUGAAGCAGCACUUUCCCUUUCUGUA